CCGCAUGCGUCAUUGUGUCACGAGGGAAACAAUAUGGCCGCUUACAUGGAUUUAUGUUAUUUUUACUCCUAGUUCUUUUUAAAUGCUGAAUGUAAACGUAUACAAAUAACAAUCCGUGUAUGUACUAGCACAUCUAGCUUCACUCAAAACAACCUUGACGAAAAGGUUUGAUUAAAUAAUCCGCAUCGCGUAAAAACAGAUCGCUCAGUCAGUGAUAGCUGUAUUAAGACCAUGGCUUCUGCUUUUGUCGUCGGGAAUGCAUUCAGACAUAAGGUGACAGAGUUGUUGGAAAACACAGACUCAUCUCUGCCACAAGCACUGAAGGAAGAACUGGAAGAACUUCUUGAAAAACCAGAACCAAUAACUCUGACCUUCGGUACAGCGAGACGACUCAAGAAAUACCUUCAGGACAAAGGUCAUCCGUUCUACCUUCAUGAGCUGCUAGAGGACAGCUCACUGCACCUGCCUGAGUUCGUGAAGCCUCCCAGAAACCCGGAGCUGGUCGCACGUCUUGAGAAGAUCAAGGCCAAACUAGCCAAUGAGGAAUACAACAGGAUCACACGUAAUGUCAACACUCAGGCAAUCAACCAGAACGGUACACUAGCAGAUUUUGGACGGCAAGUGCGGUCGGUCAAAGCGGUGGCGGUGACCCUAUUCAACUUCCUGGUUACAGUAGUUGCUGCUUUUGCCUGUUCCUACAUGGGCAGUCAGUACCUGUUCACAGAGACUGCAGCGCGAGUGCUAACAGGUGUGAUUGCUGCAUCAGUAGUCGGGCUUGCGGAGCUCUAUGUCCUGGUCCGGACCAUGGAGGGAGAACUUGGGGAACCGUAGCAGCUGUGCACAUACAAGAGUAACCUUGGGAAGCAAAAAGAACAAAAACACAAGCUGCAGCUGCCCUCUAAGCAGAACAACGCCAAGUCUUCUGAAUCAGAGCAGAUAUCUCACGUGGCUAUAAAGUCUUUUCGUCCUUUUGUUAAAGUUACUGAGAAUUUGGAGGCUGAAUGGAGGCCGAAAACUUUGACAAAUACAUAUUUUUUUCAAAUAAUUCAUGUUCGUUUCACUUCCCACUUGGCCUUUUUCAAGAUGAAAAUCAAGAUGAAUAUAUUUAUUUCGCAUUUGUAUUUUUUAUUGGAUGUUUUGUUUUGUUUGUUUGUCGGCCUGUUUGUUCUUUGUUACUUCUUCAUAAAAUUAAUUAAUUUUUUCCAUUCUGUUGUGAGAUGUAGAUGAUAUUUAAUAAAUGAUUAUUUAAUGUUCUGUAUAUUUUCUGGCUUCUUUCCCCCUCUGUAAAUGUAACUGUAAUGCUACUACUUCUGGUCUACUGCAUAGAGUUCUGUAAUAAAAAAAGCAUUAAACCCCAUUCUUAAUUUUUCUGG